UCUUCCACCGCUACGACCACGACGACCACGACGACCAGCGGACAUGUGCGCACCACGUCAGUCAAAACAAACAAUGUCAAACCUCAACAAUUGAACCCCAUGCCGGCAUCGGAUAUCAGGCUCUUCGUGACCAAUCUCCGACUGCUGGACUUUGGCCAACGGCAGGACUGGCCAGACAUCACCGUGCAAACUUUCUCGGCGAAGAAUGCGGAUCAGCGUCAGCGGAUUGCCGGGACCGAGUGGGCCUUGUUCCGUCUGUUCGAGAUAUGGGAUCCCAACGAGACAGCACAGAAGCUCCAGCCCUUUUUUCCGCCUCUCGAGCCCCUCCAAUCGUUGAACCUCCGUGCUGCGCUGUUCCGAUGCCUCAACGACUUGAAGAAGAAUGGCGUCCUGGGAAGAGAGGCUGUCCUUAGGAAGACCAUGCUAGACGAGUGCAAGGGGGACAAAUUCUACGAGGUUAUGGCCAUAUUCUCCAACGCCGUCCUGAAAAAAGUACUUGCAGCACGCGAUGGCGGGGCUCGGGAUGCUGCCGUUGCAAGGAGGCUAGCAACGGCCCCAAUACUCUCGCCCGACCAACAGCGAUCAUUGCUUCCUCUCGCCAUUGCACACAAGGCGGCGCUACUCAAUGUGCUGAAAAAGAAAGAAGAAAAAAGAAGAAAAUACUUGGAGUUUGAGGGGCUAUUGGACAAAAAGGCCGAAGAUAUCAACAGCCGGAUACGCAAGUGCAAGGAUACCCCCCGGGCGAAGAAGCCCGCAGUGACACAGAAGGAGGCGGAUGUGGUCAAGAGGCAAUUGAAGGACAACUGGAUAGGCAACCAAAAAUGGCUCGAUGUCAUGCUACAUGGCGAUGGUGUCCAAGCAGAGGAUGCGUUCCUAAGCAGCCGCUUCGACAAGGUCUGGCACAUGGUUGAGAAUGAUCGAAAACUCGAAGACGUUGCACCAGAGACUGGGCUGCUAGAGAAUCUACAGUCGAGGGUGCGAGAGCAGCAAGAGCGACUGCAGAAAUGGAAAGCCUUUCAUGAUGAACUGCAGAGCGAUGCUGCGGGUACAGAGAAACCAGCGAAUGCGAAGAGUGCCGUGCCCAUCCAGGAGCUCAAAUUCGACGCCCACUCUCAAUAUCAGCUACCGUCUUCAAAGGAGAAGGUGGAGGAUGCGGCCAUCAAACGUCCGGAACUGCGAGCAGAGUACCGUGACAUCUUAUCUGAUAUGGAGACCGAGUUAUCAUGUGCGGGAACCAACAAGACAGGUCCCAUAUCCACCAUCAUGCCGCGACGACGUACAUCUCCAGCAAAAGAUACCCAGUCGCCUGUUCCAAGGAGGAAAAUGACCCUAUCAGACUCGCUACCAGGGUCACCAACCAGCCCAGUGGUUCCUCCAAAACCCAAACAUCUGUCCAGACCAAAUUCCCUGCAUAAAGUGCCUACCCUGUCUCGGCCGCCACAGCAUGUAUCAGCAGGGUCCACUCCCAUCGAUUCCGAGGCGACAUUGAUUGGUCAGUCUUCUACACGUCGCAGCACACCACCAAGACCCGGUCACGUGGCAUCGCCAGUAGAGACUCGUUACGAAAAUGGACUAACACGAGAGCGUACGCCGCCUACUUCAAUUCGUACCAACGGAACGUCCAAUGUCGAUAGCCCUGAGCCUACCGUUACUCUGACCGUACAAAAAGCCUCGCCUUCACCCAAACGAUCACCAGAGUCCCCACCCAAACCACUAAUCCUAACCUUUGCACCACCCGUCUUCGAUGCCGAAGAAGCCAUGGCCGACCAAAUCAUUGACUCCAUCGGCAAUGCAACUCCGUCUCCAGUCAAAAAGCCCCAGCCACGCAUGUCCCUGUCCCUGCUAGAACGAACACGCAUGACAAUGUCGCACAGCACAUCCUUCUCUCCCGUUGCCGAAUCCCCCGAUCCCCUCCCCACAAUGGCACCGCCUCCCCUCCCCUCGGCCAGCGACGAUGAUACCACAACGCGCCACGCCACGCUCCUCGAACGCACCCGCCUCAGCAUGACCGCCACACAGUCUCUCCCACGGCCCAAGAAGCCCACACAACGCAAAAGCAGCACCUCCCGCCAAAGCCUCUACCCCGUAAACCAAUUGGAAUCCCCCCACCCCCGCGACUCGACAGACCACCUUGACCACGAAAAUAUAGACGGCACCGACCAGCUGUUCAGCGACGAGACCGAUUACGACCAUGUCUUCAAGUCUCGCCCGAGAAUCGCUACGAGCCCUGUUUGGAGCCCCGAGGGCAGGAGAAACAGCACUGAUGCCGAUGAGGAGUAUGCCGAUGACGAUGAUCCAGAUGGUGUUACGGGCAUUGAUCUCGCGGAUGUGGAUCAGGAUUAUGAUGACGAUGAAGAGGGCGGGUAUAGGGGCAGUUGGGUUGACAGUCCCAGUCAGAAGAGGGGU